GUACUUCAAAAACUAGGAAAAGCAGAUGAAACAAAAGAUGAACAAUUUGAAGAAUACGUUCAGAAUUUCAAACGGCAAGAGGCAGAGGGUUCCAGGCUCCAGAGAGAAUUGAGAGGAUAUUUAGCAGCCAUCAAAGGGAUGCAAGAUGCCUCAAAGAAGCUUACAGAGUCUCUUCAUGAAGUGUAUGAGCCAGAUUGGUAUGGACGAGAAGAUGUGAAAAUGAUAGGAGAGAAGUGUGAUGAACUUUGGGAAGACUUCCAUCAAAAACUGGUGGAUGGAUCGUUGCUGACCUUGGAUACAUAUCUAGGACAAUUUCCUGAUAUCAAAACUCGCAUUGCAAAACGAAGCAGAAAACUAGUGGACUACGACAGUGCAAGGCACCAUCUAGAAGCCCUGCAGAGCUCAAAAAGAAAAGAUGAAAGCAGAAUUACCAAGGCAGAAGAAGAAUUUCAGAAGGCACAGAAAGUGUUUGAAGAGUUUAACACUGAUUUGCAAGAAGAGUUGCCAUCACUGUGGUCACGACGAGUUGGCUUCUAUGUGAACACCUUCAAAAAUGUAUCCAGCCUCGAAGCCAAGUUUCACAAGGAAAUAGCUUUACUAUGUCACAAACUAUACGAAGUGAUGACGAAGCUGGGAGAUCAGCACGCAGACAAGGCCUUCACCAUUCAAGGGGCACCCAGUGAUUCAGGUCCACUCCGCAUUGCAAAAACACCAUCCCCACCAGAGGAGGUCUCUCCCCUUCCGAGCCCUACUGCUAGUCCCAACCACAUGCUGGCACCAGCAUCUCCAGCACCAGCCCGACCUAAGUCACCCACACAGCUGAGGAAAGGUCCACCAGUCCCACCACUGCCUAAGCUCACACCCACGAAGGAGUUGCAACAGGAGAACAUCAUUAACUUAUUUGAUGACAACUUUGUCCCAGAAAUCAAUGUGACAACCCCAUCACAGAAUGAAGUUCCUGAAGCUAAGAAGGAGGAAUCUUUACUAGAUUUGGACUUUGACCCUUUCAAGCCAGAAGUUGUACCUACAGGAGUUACCCAUUCACCCAUGUCUCAGACAUUGCCAUGGGAUCUGUGGACGACAAGCAGUGAAUUGGUGCAGCCGGCAUCCAGCACAGCAUUUAAUGGAUUUGCACAGGAUACCUCUGCCUUUACAGUGCAAUCAAAUGAGAAUGUGACAGAGCCUUUGACUGAGGCUGAAGAAGCUGCACCUGGGGAACCCAAGGUUGAAGAAACCCCUGCUGCUGCUGUUGCCGAAAAAGAGGCCAUCCCUGCUGAGCCUGCUGAGCCAGCAGAGCAGGCUGUG